CUGGGGGGAGAGGAAGCUUGUACAGUUUGUUUUACUGGACCGCGCGCUGGCUCUGGCGUGAGCGCAGCUCGGCAUCUGGAGCCCAGGGCCAGAGAGAGAGCGGCUGCGGAGAGAGGGAGACGCGAGAGUCACGGAGAGACCGCGAGGGACGAGGAAAUGGCACCCAGCGCUGCGCUCUCCAUGACUUUCCUCGCCGCCGUCCUUGGGGGACUUGCCUGGCCCACCGCGGCCACUGGUUUCUGGGAAUAUCAGCAGCCGAGUGUGCUGAACCUGUGCGGAAAGGGAUAUUUCCUCAGCGAGCUCAAAACCUGCCUGCCAUGUAACUGCAAAGGUCAUUCGGAGAACUGUGAACAUAUCACAGGGAUUUGUAUAGACUGCCAGAACCACACGACUGGGGAUUUCUGUGAGAGGUGUAUUGACGGGUAUCUCCCUGAAACCACCCCUGAGGGCCAUCAUGUCUGCCGGCCGUGUGCCUGCCCUGUUGCAAAACCCUCCAACAACUUUGCCCUGCACUGCGAUAAGAGGAGCGGAAUCCUGCGAUGCCUCUGCCAGGAGGGCUAUGCGGGACACUACUGUGAGAGGUGUGCACCGGGUUACUAUGGGAAUCCCUUUGCCUUGGGCAACUCCUGCAAGAAGUGUGACUGCAAUGGGAAUUCAGACCCCAACCUGAUCUUCAACGAGUGCCACAAUGUGACGGGUGUCUGCCUAAACUGCUGGGGCAACACAGCGGGUGCCAACUGUGAGCGCUGUGCACCGGGUUUCUACGGGGAUGCCAUCAGUGCCAAGAACUGCAGGGAGUGUCAGUGCAAUAAGUGUGGCACAGCAUCAUGUGAUGAUAGGACAGGUGUGUGUCACUGCAAGCCAGGGGUCACUGGCCAGCUGUGUGACCAGUGCGAGGAUGGCUACUCUGGAUUUGGCAGCUGCAUGGGCUGUAGGAAGUGCGAGUGUGCGGUAGCAGCACUCAGACCCACCUGCCACCCUCUCACCCUGAGCUGCCAGUGCCAUCUGGGGGCUGGAGGCCGGUACUGCGAGCGCUGCCAGCCUGGCUAUUGGGAUUACGGGCCCCAGGGUUGCAAGAGGUGUGACUGUGCUGGAGGACUAUGUGACUUGGAUACUGGAGAAUGCCUGCCGGAAACCUCCAUCUCCUCCCAGGUCAACGUCUGCAACAUCAGCUGUGAUGAGUGCAUAUUUUACUUGAUUGACGACAUCAAAAUGUCUAACAAGACUCUGGACGAGCUCAAGGCCAGUGUGCUGAACAUCUCCACAGGAGCUGCAGCCAAUGACCGUCUCAAGUAUUACAACUACACUGCUCUUCUGCUGCAGAAACAGUUUGUAGGAUGGAAGAACAAGUCCAGGCAAAUGAAAGCGGAAACAGCAGAGAUGGAGGAGGCAGCUAAAACUCUGCUGACAAACAUGAAUCUUUUAGGAGCUCAGGAAACCUUUGUGAUGGCAUUGGGGCAAAAAAUGGACAGAGACACCAUGAAGACCUUGACCUUGGCAGACAAGCUGGCCAUAACCCUGACCUCUCUGAACAUGCUGAUUGAAGAGAUGAUUAGUGACUGGGAUCGCUACAGCGUGCACCAGGAUGUGGACCCCGCAGUGAUUAAGCAGAAGACCACCGAGGCAGAGAAGAUGGUGAACCAGAUGAGGGCACUGGACCUGGACCCCUAUGAACCCAUCGCAAAAAAUGAGUCGACAGAUGCCGACGAGCUCCUUAGGCGAAUCCGUCAGCUGGAGAAGAAGCUAGUGAGCACGGAUACCCGUGUCUCCCCUGUGCGGGACCACCUCUCCCAGCUCAGCAAUAAGCUCUCUGAAGCCCAAGACUUCCUUCAGAGAGCUCAGAGCACCGUACAUCAAACUCAAGACAAGAACAAGGCCAACAUCCUCAAAUUCCAGAGGUUUGAGGAUGAACAACAAAAGCUAAUGGAGAACUUUGCAGAUGUGAACAGUACCUUACAGGGGGCAGAUGAAAUCAUCAUUGACACAGGAAAUGUGGCUGUAGACCUAGAAGAUAUGGUCAAGAAUGUGACAGAAUUCCAUGCAGCUAUUGAUGGAGCCAGUAAGCUUCUGAAAGAGAAGAUGGAAAACCUCUCCCUUGCUGAUAUAGACCUGGUCCAAACAGCCAUUGAUCAUGCUAAUGAGCUUCUAAAGUUGGCAAAUGAGCUGGAACGUGAUCUGAAACACAGUGACACCAACGGCUUUGUCGAAAAGGCCAUUAAUGCUUCCAAUGUGUAUGAAAAUAUCGCCAAGUUCAUUGAGGAGGCAAACAUAACUGGACUAACGACCCUUGAAUUGGCAAACAGAGCUGAGGAUGCCAUUUCUGGGAUCAGCACACAGCUCAGCCAUCUGAAGACAGAGAGUGACAGCGUCUUCAAAGAGUCUGUCUCUUUACAGUCUGAACAAACUGAGCUGGAGUCUGUAGUGACUGACAACACAAACUACGUUGAAGAAACGAAGGAAAUGAAGGACAACAUGAAUGAGAAGCUGUCAGCCAUAAUUAAUGAGAUCAAUGACAUAGACAAAGGCCAGACAACACAGCGGCUGCAAUUCACUAAGGAAGUGGCAGAGGCAACUCUAAACAAAUCCGUGGAGGUCUUGAGCCGAGUCAGUCCCAUCCAUGAGAAGGUGGAGGAGUGGUCUAACAAUAUGAGGAACAAUGAGUACUCCACUGCAGCCUAUGACCGCACCGUUGUUUCUGCUGGGGAAGCAGUGAACAGCCUGUCAGAGCUUGUCCCACAGCUGCUGGACAAACUGAAAGUGGUGGAAGGAAAACGACCAGCAAAUGUUUCCACCAACAUCAUGCGUAUUAGAGAACUCAUAGCCCAAGCAAGGAGCGUGGCCAAGAAGGUGCAAGUGUCCAUGAAGUUCAACGGUCAGUCAGCAGUCGAGGUUCAGACGCCUAUGAACAUGGAGGAGCUAAAAUCUUUCUCAUCCAUCAGCCUCUACAUGAAAGUGGACCUGGAGAAGGAACCCAUAAGGGACCGCCUUGUUUUCUACCUGGGCAACAAAAAUGGAAUGAAAGACUACAUGGGACUCACCAUCAAGAAUGACUAUUUGGUCUAUGUCUACAAUCUCGGGGGCGAAGAUGUGGAGAUUACCCUGAGCUCGAAGCCCGUCAGUACAUGGCCCCCAUUCUUCAACCUAGUCAAAGUGGAAAGGCUGGGACGCCAUGGAAAGGUGUUCCUCACUGUGCCCAGCCAAAGCACCACGGCAGAGCAGAAGUUCAUCCAGAAGGGUGAGGCCCCCGGAACAGACUCGCUGCUGGACCUGAACCCCAGCAACACAGUCUUCUUCGUGGGGGGUGCCCCUCCAGACUUCAGGCUGCCCUCUGCAUUGAGUUUGCCCCCCUUCGUGGGCUGCAUUGAGUUGGCCACCCUCAAUAAUGAUGUCAUCAGCCUGUACAACUUCAAACGAACUCACAAGAUCAACACAGCGGCCGUGCCGCCAUGUCCCAGGUACAAACUUGCCUUCUCACAGAACCGUGUUGCCAGUUAUCUGUUUGACGGCUCUGGCUAUGCACUGGUCAACAACAUUGAAAGAAGGGCCAAGUUUAGCAUCGUGACCAGGUUUGACAUUGAAGUGCGAACCGUGGUAAACGAUGGCAUCCUUUUCCUCAUGGUCAAUGAGGGUAAUUACUUUAUAUUAGAAUUGAAAAAUGGUUUCCUGCGUCUUGUGUACGACUUUGGAUUCAGUGGCGGUCCAGUCGUCAUGGACAGCAACUUAGAGAAACUGAAGAUCAAUGAUGCAAAAUAUCAUGAGGUGUCCAUCAUUUAUCACCAUUCCAAGAAGAUCAUCCUGCUAGUGGACCGGAGUCAUGUGAAGUCCAUGGACAAUGAGAAGAAAACAUUGCCCUUCUCAGAUAUUUACAUUGGAGGGGCUCCUCACAGUGUGCUGCUCUCCAGGCCUGAGCUCUCCUCGCUGGUUGGGCUCAGGGGCUGCGUUAAGGCUUUCCAGUUCCAGAAGAAGGAUUUCAAUCUUCUGGAAGAGCCAGGGACCAUUGGUGUCAGCAGUGGCUGCCCAGAAGACUUUUUUUACUCCUACAAAGCAUACUUCAGUGGAGAAAACUUCCUGGGGUCCUCUGCAAAGAUCUCCCCCUUCGAAAUGUUCGAAGGUGGGCUCAACUUCCGCACACUGCAGCCCACCGGCCUGCUUUUCUUCCACAACAGCGGGGCUGACGUGUUCUCCAUCUCACUCGACAAUGGAGCUGUUGUGCUGAAUUCCAAAGGGACCAAAGUGAAAUCACAUAAGAAGCAUUACAAUGAUGGAAGGCCUCAUUUCCUCGUAGCCUCGGUCACUAAUCAGAAGUAUCAGCUAGUUGUGGAUGACAAAGACAAGCAGGACCGGAACCGGCCCUCCCCACCUGCAGUGUCGCCAGCUUCUGUCAGGAGCUUCUAUUUUGGGGGGUCACCAAGCAGCACCAUCCGCAAUUUCACCGGCUGCAUCAGCUAUGCCUACAUCAGCAGGCAAGACAGGGACAUCGAGCCAGAGGACUUCCAGAGGUACCCCGAGAAAGUCCAGGCUUCCUUCCAAGACUGCCCUGUGCAAACAGCCCCAGUGGCCCUGCAGCACACACUGAGCAGGAGCUCCACCUCCAGGGGCCUGCAUGCCACACCCCUGGCUAGGAAGGUGGGCAGAGACCAGUCCAGCCUCUUUCAGGACAUAAAAGGGCUGCAAAAUGAUCUCCUUUCACCAGCCACAACAGACACCUGCUACCUGCCCCAUAACCCUCGAGCUCCACGUCACGCCUACCAUUAUGGGGGCACCAGUCACAGCCGUCAGGAGUACACAGACAUUCCACAGUCCUUCAGUGAGAGGUCACACUUCUCUCUGUCUCUGAAGACCCACUCAUCUUUUGGCCUCAUCCUCUACGUGUCCGACAAUGAGGAGGACAACUACAUGGCUCUCCUCCUGGCAAAUGGGAAACUGGUCUACACCUUCAAUGCAGGCCCUCACAAGAUCAAGGUCAAAAGCCCAGAGAGGCUCAAUGAUGGAAAAUGGCACAAUGUCAUUCUCAUACGUGACGGUGAUGUGGGUCGACUCAUAAUUAAUGGACUCAAGAUGGUAGUGGGGCAAGCUGCCAGCUCUAAUGGUUCCUGGCAAGUCAGUGGACCCCUCUACGUGGGAGGCGUGCCACCUGGCAGAGCACUAAAGAACAUUCAGAGGAAUUCAGCAUACAGCUUCACAGGCUGUGUGAAGAACCUCCAGUUAGAUGGCCAGUGGCUGUCUUCGGUGGAAAGCAGUUUUGGGGUCACUCCCUGCUUCGAGGGGCCCUCUGAGGCAGGGACCUACUUCUCAGCAGAGGGCGGAUAUGUGGUCUUGGAUGACGCUUUCAGCCUGGGGAUGAAAUUUGAGCUGGCACUAGAAGUGCGUCCCCGUGUGGCAUCUGGGGUGAUUCUUCACGUCUACACCAGCAACAAGGAUUACCUCAGCAUAUACAUCGAUAGUGGAGAGGUAGAAGUGCUGGUGAACAAUGGCAUACGUGAGUUCUCCACCCGAGUGUCUCCCAAACAUGGAGUCUGUGACGGUCGGUGGCACAAAAUAACAGUGAUACGGGAUGUCAACGUGGUGCAGCUGGAUGUGGACUCGGAGGUGAACCAUGUGGUGGGAGCUCUCAAUCCUCCAACUGUAGAAACCAGGACUCCGGUGUUUAUUGGUUGGGCACCAGCUUCUCUGCUCCCACAAGGCCUUGCGACCAACAGGCCGUACGUUGGCUGCAUGAGAAACCUAGAGGUCAACAAGACUCCAGUGAGCUUCAGGAAGGCCGCUCUGGUCAAUGGGGCCGUCAGCGUGAGCUCCUGCCCUGCGGCGUGACAUAGGACCAAACGUGCACAUCUUCAUGGCAACUAGCCACACUGUCUUCCCCACAUCUUCCCCGCACAUUUCUGCUGUCUAAAUAAAGAAAAAGCAUGAAACUGCAUUGUUGCUGUAUCUUAGUUUUAAUAAGUUUACUUACAUCUUGACUUCCUUUGAAUUACAUUACAUUGAAUAUCACUGUAAUGAUAAUAAAAAGGUUCAAAACAUUUUAAAUUUAGGGAAUAAUGUUCUACUGUAACACUCAGCCUGGUUGUGAACAAAAGGUGUAACUUAAAUACAUAGAAAUUAUAUGAUGUUUAAUACAUAACAAAUACCUGUUGUGCCCCAGUCUCUUCUGAAGGACAUCAUAGUAAAUCCGGACACAACUGGUUUUGUUUACAUUAUGUUGUUUACAUUUAAUAAGGGGGACUAUAUAUAUUUUCAUUUGAAGUGUCUGUUCUGUAUUUCAAAUGAAACUGUUUUAAAUACUGUGCUGAGACAUAAAAAGAAUCUCAUUUCACAGUUAGGAAUAAAGACACAGUAAGACAAUGCAUUCAUGUUUAAUGUGUGUUUCACCACUCCAGUAUAUAAUAUGCUACUAACUGUUCUGAUCAACUUUUACAAUGUAUUUUUUACAUAUUUUGAACAGAACGAAAUAAACACU